GCUGGGCAACGGGCUGCUCUGCCUCUUGCCUUCUGCCGCUUGACAACACACGGAGAGGGAGAGCGGCCGAGCAGGGGGCCGUGGCCGUCAUUACAACGCGGGGCAACGCCGGACAAGUAGACCGCCGGCCCCGGGAGGUAAAGUCUGUCAUGAGCUACAGGUUGACGGGGGGUUCCGCCACCGGCACGGAGCCAUACGCGCUGGCCAACGUCGGGGUUAGCUCGUUAGCUCGUUAGCUCGUUAGCUCCGGGGGGGCUCUAGGUUAAGCUCCGCUAGCCUUCUCCAUGGCUGUCAUUGACUAUGGUGGCCGUUACUUCUUCAGCGCUGACUAACGGUAAUGGCCGCGCGCGCCGUUGACGCGGAACACGCGCGUGAGUCCCAUCUUAAUUAGCCGUUUGAGCUAGCAAUGCGCUCCACUCCGCGGGACAGCUGUGCCCACGGCCAGCGGCGUCGCUCGGGGCGGUUCGCGCAAUGAGUGACCGUUACGUAAAAGUCAAGAUUCAAGUGGAGGACAUGAAGUCACUGGGCGGGGAGGAGGGGGGCGUGGAUGCGGAGGAGCGGCGGUCAGCGGCGGGUUCCCCCCCCGCGCCUGUCUCCCCCGGCCCGGCCAGCGUCACCAGAGCCGCCGGCAGAGAUGCGUCCAACGCCUCCAUCCUCUGCGCGCACCGGGUCACCGGUCGAAGUCAGCUGGGGAAGGAUGCCAAGAACUCGUGCGGCAAACGCACCUCUGACGCGUCGCUGCGCGGCUCCGCGGUGGCUGCCCACGUCGGGAAACACUCGAACAGACUCGGGCACGAGCGCGCACUUCUUCACAUCAGAGGAACUGGGAAAAUACUGCAGGGCAAGUUGGAGACUAAUGGGAAUUACGUGAACACCCAUCCAUCCCAAAACCAGCAAGAAACACGCCGCGAGGACGGGUUCAAGGUCGGCAGGAAGAGGAGGCCGGUGACGGUGGACAUCUCCAAGGCCAAGACCUCCCUGGAGGCCCUCCGGUUGAGCAUCAGGCAGCUCAAGUGGAAAGAGUUUCCUCUGGGAAGACGAGCGCCCUGUGACAUCUACUGGCACGGCGUCUCCUUCCACGACAACGACCGCGUCGUCUCGGGGCAGGUGAACAAGUUCCCAGGGAUGAUUGAAAUGCUGAGGAAGAUCAACCUGAGUCGGGCCGUGAGGACGAUGCAGGAGCUGUUCCCCGAGGAGUACGACUUCUAUCCUCGCUCCUGGAUCCUUCCGGAGGAGUGCCAGCAGUUCUCCACCCAGAUCCGCAUGUUGAAGGAGAACGACGCAACGCUGAACCCCACCUUCAUCGUCAAGCCGGAUGGGGGCUCUCAGGGGGACGGCAUCUACCUCAUCCGUGACCCCGGUGACCUGAAGCCCAUGGUGGGUUCGCAGGCCAAGCAGGCGGUGGUCCAGGAGUACAUCCAGAAGCCGCUCCUCAUCGACAAGCUGAAGUUCGAUAUCCGCCUCUACGUGCUGCUGAAGUCCCUGGAGCCAUUGGAGAUAUACAUCGCCAAGGAGGGCCUGACGCGCUUUUGCACGGAGCCCUACCAGGAACCGAGCCAGAAGAACCUGAGCCACGUCUUCAUGCACCUCACCAACUACUCCCUCAACGUCCACAGCGGCAACUUCGUGCACUCGGACAGCCAGAGCACCGGCAGCAAGCGCACGCUCUCCAGCGUGCUGUACAGGCUGGCGGCUAAAGGCGUGGACAUCAAGAAGGUGUGGUCUGACAUCAUCGCUCUGGUGAUCAAGACCGCCGUCGCCGUGGUGCCUGAACUCCGAGUCUACCACCAGGCCGACAUCCCACCUGGAAAACCGGGACCCACUUGCUUCCAGAUAUUAGGCUUUGACAUCCUGCUGAUGAAGAACCUGAAGCCAGUGUUACUGGAGGUCAACUCCAACCCCAGUAUGAGAAUAGAACAUGAACAAGAGAUGGCACCAGGAGUUUUUGAAUAUGUUCCCAGUCCGGUCGACGAAGAGGUCAAAGUGGGCGUGAUCAGGGACACGCUGCGCCUCAUGGACCCCGGACGCAAGAAACCUUCAAUGGCCCAGGUCAGGGCGGGCGGGCUCCAACACGGAGAGGAGAUUCCCAUGGAGGCGGAGCCCGAGAUGAGGAGCCCGGACGAAGGAGCCCUGCCCUCGCUGUGCCUGAAGCAGGUCUACCCCAAGUACACCAAGCAGUUCAACUACCUGCGGCUGGUGGAGCGGAUCGCAGCGCUCUUCAUCCGCUUCCUGGGGGUCAAGGGCAACAUGCGCCUGGGCCCCACGGCCUUCAGGACCUUCAUCAGGACCUGCAAGCUGAGCAACAGCAACUUCUCCAUGGCUUCAGUGGACAUCCUCUACAUAGACAUCACACGGCGUUGGUCAGGAACAACGCCCGACUCCAGAGAAGCAGGUAUGGCCUGCAGGCAUUUGUGGAAGCCUUUUUCCACCUGGCCGGUCGCAGGUUCAAAUCCCCUGCCGCUGAGGGAGCAGGUCACGGCCCUGCUGGAGCUGUGCGAGGCCCAGCUCGAGUCCCAGGACCGGCGUGGGAGGAGAGGCGCUCCGUGAGCUGCAGCCGGGCGAUGAUGCCGCGAGCCUCCAAGACUCAGACGGCGGGCCUCGCCAACCCUCAGCUGGGCUCCCCGGCCCCCCUGAGGAGGGCGUCCAGCCAGGACCACCGG